CACAUUUUUCCACCACUUCCGGCGAGCGCUCUCUUUCGUGUGAAACGUCAAAGCGUCAGCACGUUUCUGUUUCACUUUUUCGUGAAAAUUCCCCAUUUUCCGCCCUAAUACAGGAUGCCACGUGAAAUCAAGGAGGUGAAGGAUUUCCUGAUCAAGGCGCGCAGGAAAGACGCCCGUGCGGUGAAGAUCAAGAAGAAUCCCCAAAACACCAAAUUCAAGAUCCGCUGCUCCCGAUUCCUGUACACGCUCGUGGUGACGGACAAGGAGAAGGCGGAGAAGCUGAAGCAAUCCCUGCCGCCAGGCCUGCAGGUCAAGGAAGUGAAGUAAACAGUGCGGUGUGUUUUUGAGGUUAUGUGCUAGCGCAGAAAAUAAACCUCAAGGGAAAUUGCAUAAAAAA